AUGCUUGAAACACUUGAAUUGCAAGUAUUCCCGUCCUCUUACAAUUGUAUAUCAUGGUCUGAGGAUGGCGAAAUCGCGGUGGCGACAGGGGAAUAUGUGCAGGUACUGACGCCAAAGCCACCGUCUGGACGGGAAGCAAAUGGCGCCUCGCCUCACUUUCUCGCCAACGACUGGCAUCGGACUCGGUUCCGGGCAAAUAUUUUCACUAUCAACGAGUGGCCUGUUAUGUAUCCGCAACCGCGAGAUCAGUUUUCGGUCGGAGCAGAGCAGUCGAUGAGUACCGUGGUGUCUGUCUCAUGGUCACCGCCAGGACUAGUCAAGCACAGGCGCAGCGUAUUGGCUGUUCUCACAACCAACCAGGUCCUGUCGAUUUACGCAUACGCCGGUACUAAAUGGACGCGGGUAGCCAUCGUGAACAAGGCGCUGGAAUCCCAUUUUGGAGAGAACGUUAAUCCCGACACGCCCAAAACAAGAAAGACUAGCAUUCGAUCGUUUACGUGGACGCCACCCCUCAUUAUUCCGGCUCAAGAUCAACCGCACCCUGGUCCCGAAAGCCGAUGGGGCAUUCCGUUCCUCGCAAUUACUACUGAUGCCAACGACGUGGCUUUCGUGCAGUUCCACACUUCCAGCGGCCAGCAAGCCUCUUCAAAUAUACUGCAUUGUGAGUUGGUCUCUGUCGUGUCUUUGCACAAUGCGGUAAGUUACGAUCAAAAAAUUCAACCCGCCUCACUCUUCGCUUCCGCGCUCCGGUCUGAGAUCAAGAUUCUGUCUCUGGCAAGUGGGCCUUGGCUCUACCAAGCGCACCAAAUUGCGGGAAGUGGCGCGGAAAUGCAGGAGGCUGGCUCGGGAAACGAUAGGCCCUAUAAGUUAUCAUUCCAUGCCGAAGAGAAUAAAGCUGUACCCUUUGAUCCCACUGACGAGCUUCAACUUACUGGCCCUGUCGAGUACGUACAUGAGAUUGGAACAAGGAGGAUAUCAAUUGCCGUGGGUGCAGUGGCUGCUUUAGUAACAGUCAACUUGUCGGAGGAUCUAUAUAGAGGACAGGCAGCAGAUGGGGAUGUAAAUUCGUAUAUCUUCCCGUUGUCUGUCGAUUGCACGGAUCCUACAGGCUACGAAAGAAUAAGUGGAAUGACGGUUGCUAUCCAACCUGAAUCAAAGACACCAGUAUUGCAUUUGGGCACUAUCGAGGGCCACGGAGCGACCAAGGCGUUUGUGUAUGGCGGAGAAGCUGACGAACCCUCUCGAGCUCCAUGGAAAGAUCAGAUAGAAGACAUUAGAGAGCGAUUUGACAUUGAUCGUGAUCUUGGGGGGUUGUCAGUUUCGAGAAUUCGGGGCCUUACAUCAGUUCAAGGAAUCGUUGCGACUGCCGUAACACUACAUCCCGGGGAUAUGGUCGAGUAUCGUUCGAGCGCGGAAGACCGACUGAUAAUAUUGUUUUCCACUUCUGACGGGCAACUUACACAAACGGAGCAUGUGCCCUUUCUCCGCAGGAACACAACAUUCUCGCCAGAAUUUCUGACAAAGCGUCGGGACGUUGUUCUGCGCUACAUACUUCGCUCUGGAAAGGAGGCUAAGCAGGCGCUAUCCUCGAAGGUCCUCUACGCAGCAGCUUGCUGUGCAAUUGUGCAGUCACAAUGUUUGGAUCUACUUUCGAAUGCCCGUGAAGUUCUAGAGAGUCUCGCAUCGAAUCACGGGGUUGACCUGACAGACGAAAUUGCAAAGUGCUCGGAGCCUGGAAGUUUCAUCGACGCCAAGCCUGCGGAGUUACUAGACGCUGCCAACGAUAAUGUCUUCGAGAGAUGUGAGAUUUGUGGUUCCGGAAUUGGUUGGGACUCAGCUCAAGAAGCGCAAUGUGCGAGUGGCCAUGUUUUCGUCCGAUGCAAUCUGACAGUCCUGGCGAUCCAAGAACCUGGUAUAUCCAAGUUCUGCUCUAGGUGCGAUAGCGAAUAUCUUGAUGAGGACCUCAUCGGCACCACGUCGGAGAGAGAACUUCAGCCGAGUUGUAAGACUUUGUCAGGCAUAUUCGACACCUGCAUUCUCUGCAAUGGGAAAUUCCGCCCUUAG